AUGACUUUCCCCUCACGUCUCUUGACCACCUUUGGGCUCAUCUUCCUUGCCCACGCCGGCUACUCCGCCCACGAGCACUCCGUUCUAUACGGCAGCACACACCCGCUUCCCCUCGACAUCACUCUCGAAACCCUAGUCGCGGUCGUCCUUGUGAUCUUUGGCCUUGUCCUGGGCGCCGAGAAGCCGAAGCCCAUCAGCUGGAGUGCGUGGGCGGGAGAGAUUGAGAGGAAGGGGGGGUCGGAGAAUCCGUUUUUAGGGUUGGAGGAGCGUCGGGCGUUUAUUGAUAUUAGGGUAAUGGGAUAUGUUCUCCUCCGUCGGGCGAAGAGGAAGGAGUUUCGGGAAUGGAAGAGGCAGAGGGAUGAGGUGUCAACGAAGUAA